AUGUAAUUGGACAGAGGGGCCAACCGUGUCAGUGUGGAAGAGGAAAUGACAUCACUGCAUUGACAGUAACUACCCUCCCAGACUGCCGUCCUUGUGAGCCAGAGACGGGUUCCUACGAAGCAGGAACACCACAGGAGGACCAGGAUGUUACAUCACAGGAUGUUGCAUCACAGAACACUCUGUUCUGCCCUCCUCUGGAAAUUAGCAUUGGUGCUGAGGUAUGUGAGAUCCCACCAAACAUCUUCCUGUCCUGUACCUCGGAGGACGACCCAGAAAAUGUUUCAAUGCCUCCUGAUGACGUCAUGCUGACAUCAGCACAGGAACUGGAGGAAGACCCGGCAGAUGAUCUUCCACUGUCUCCUGGUGAUGGUACACGGACAUCACCACGACAACUUGAGGAUGACCCAGGAGAUCCACUGUCUCCUGGUGAUGGUACACGGACAUCAUCGAAGGAACUGAAACUUGAGAAUGACCAAGCAGAUGUUCCAUUGUCUACUGUUGAUGGUAAGCUGACAUCAUCACAGCAACUGGAAGAUGACCCAGAAGAUGUUCCACUGUCUCCAAGUGAUGGUACACGGACAUCACCACAGCAACUGAAACUGUGUAUGGUGUCAGUGAAGCUACAAGACUGCCGUGACAUGCUGGGGCCUGAUGGAGUUUUUAAGAUGCGAACCUCAGAGGACCUCAGAGAUGACGGUGAAAAUGAUGAUGAUGAUCUAAGUUAUCAAGAUCAUGAUGCCGACGUGGAUUACAGCCCGAAAAAUGAAGGAUUCAACAUCUGCUCAAAGGCUGGAGAACUGUUGUCUGCAGUCGAGGAGAGCAUCGCCGAGCCUGAGGGGGAACAGAAGAGGCAGAGCAGGGGAGGCAUGAGAGUCAAGGCGAAAAAAAGAAAGCAUGCCAGAAGAAAGCCCUCCACUGCCGCUCCACAUGGAAACGUUUCCACCAACUCUCCACAUGCAAAUACACCCAAUGAUUCUCCUCAUGAAACUACACGAGGUGUUGUUCAGGAAGAUUAUCACCCGGAGAGAAAUGGAAGGACUUCUAAAGGAAGAAAAAAGCAAACCAUAGAGGACGUGAGCGAUGAGGGUGACGACGAUGAUGAUGGCGACAAAGAUGACGAUGAGUGUCAUCAGGAUGGUGAUGAUGAUGAUGACGACAGUGAUUACGACCCAGGAACCGAUGAGUCCAUUGAACAUGAUGUAUGUGAGAAAACUCUGCCAACUCCACAAACUCUUGUCAGUCACAAAAAAGUCCACACAGAUAGACCUAAACAAGGAACUGAAAGAAAAGGUCCUCCUUGGGAAUGUGAUGUAUGUGGGAAAAUACUUAAAAAUAAGCGGAAUCUUAUUAUUCACAAACGACGGCACACUGGUGAAAAGCCUUAUGCCUGCAAACACUGCGACAUAACUUUCAGACAUUACAGUGCUUAUUUCAAACACCAGAAAACACAUUCAGACGAGCUACAUGGUCUGCCCAAAAUGGUAAAACCAGCUGAAACAGUGACUGAAAUAAACACUGAACGUGAUGUGUGUGGGAAAACUCUUCCAACUCCACAUACUCAUGCCAGUCAGAAAAGAGAUGGAUCACAACAAAGAACACAUCAAUGUGACAUCUGUGGAAAACUGGUUACAAGUUGGGCGAAUCUCAAUCUACACAGGAGUAUACACUCAGAUGACCGGCCUUAUGCUUGCAAGCUCUGUGACAAAACUUUUCGAUAUAAAGCUGCUUUAAUAUCUCAUCAGAUAGUUCAUACUAAGGAAAGACCACACAAGUGCUCGCUUUGCCCCAAGGCUUUUGCGACUUCAUCAUACUUAAAAGUACAUAUCAGAAAACAUAAGGGAGAAAAACCCUAUGCCUGCACUCAGUGCUCCAAGACUUUCUAUGACUCAACAGGUCUACGCUGCCAUGAAUUAAGUCAUUCAGAUCACAAACCUUUCUUGUGUCUGGUGUGUGGGCUGAGAGUGAAAACGAAAGGCCAGCUUAAAACCCAUGAGUUGAUUCACACUGGAGAGAAGUCAUUUUCCUGUACGCAAUGCAACAAGCGCUUCAUAACAAACUGCAAACUAGUUUACCACAUAAGAAGCCAUACUGGAGAGAAGCCCUACAAGUGUUCUUCAUGCGAGCUCAGCUUCGCCAGAGUCUCUUAUCUCAAACGGCACCAGGUUAUACACAUGGGUGAAAAGCCUCACCUUUGCUCUGUUUGUGGGAGGACUUUCAAUCGUGUUGAAGCACUGAAGACCCACCAGAGAGUUCACACUGGAGAGAAACCCUACCAGUGCACCGUCUGUGAGGAGAGAUUCGCCUACCCACAGGCUUUGCAGACACACCAGAAAAAAGUGCACAACAUUGAAUUCCACAAAUGUCAACAAUGUGGGCAGAGUUUUAAAUCUGCUAAAGCUUUGAAAUCACAUGAGUGUUCACAGGGUGUGAAUUAGGGAUGGGAAUCUUCAUCAUCAAAGCGAUAUGAUGCGCAUCUCGAUACAGAUGGCAACGAUAUCAUACAUUCACGAUUCAUGAAAUUACUAGUGAUAAGAUGCGAUACGAUUCUCCUACCUACUGCGAUGCAGUUCGAUAUGGCGCGAUGCAAUUAUAAUGCCAUGCGAUGCAGUGCGAUUCGGUACAGAACAGAUUAAAAUAUUAAUUUGAUAUUAAAGGCUGUGCACAAGGCUGCCGUUAGGCAUAAGCAGAGUGCUUUUAGAGCCUCAACCACUUUGCCCCCAAAAUUGUGGCCUCCUUAAUUGAGACUUACUAAGAAACAUCAUGAAAAAAAAUAUUUAAUUACAUUUCAAAACAUAUAUUUGUUAGGUAGCAAAAGGGCCAUCAUUUUUCAGGCAUACUGUAAUUUUGAAUAUAGGACUUAGCAUUAUUAUUAGUAGUAGCAGUAGGCCUAGUAGUAGUAUUUACUUAUGAGGGGGCCUCCUGACCAGUUAUGCCUAGGCCCCUAAAACCUUAGCAGCGGCCCUGGCUGUGCAUAUAACUUUUGAGAUGGCCUAUACUGGAAAACAUACAGAAAGUAGUGAGAACUCAUUUUGGCUUGGGCACAUUGCUUUGAGCAGAGAAAAUGACAAAAUAUAUACCUGAAUACUACCAUGUCAAUUACAGUUUAUCUCUUUUAAAUAAAAAUGGGAAAACCACAGAGCUUCUGCUCAUGUUGGAAUAUUGACGAGGACAUGUAAUAAUGUACAUGUAAGCUCUGAACAACUACACUUGAUCCAAAUUAGAACAAUUAAGUAGAUGUUGGGAAUGGGGUUAAUAUCGAAGGGAGAAAUAACGUGCGUAGGCCACUGGACUGAAGUGUUGGAAUAGUGUACUUUUUCAACUGGAGUUUUUAAACUUCAUGGACAAUCUGCACGAGCUGCAAAUCAGACCGUGUGUGUCCAGCACGAGAGCGAAAUAUAACAGGCUCCUAAGCAGCAAUGAUGCCAACUUAGCGACUUCACUUCUUUUUUAUUGCAUGAACAAAGGACUUAAAACGAAUGCACAGGCUCUGUAACGUUUUCCAACACGGUUAUGUUUUUUUUUUUUUUUUUUUUUAAAUCUCGUGCACUGACUAUGCUUAGGCUGCUUUCAUUCGGAAACGGCAACAUGUUGGCAGACAGCUUUCUCUUGUUGUUUGUGCCGCGCGGUAGCCUACCCUUAGCCUGGGCGAAUAGCCGACUGUUGACUCCGUCAAUCAGUCUGGCAAAAGUCAUGAGGAAUCCGUCUCCGUGGACGAUGGGAGAUGGUCUGAUCUUACUCUAUCAUUUAAAUUAAUUGAAGUUCCAAACUCAAAUUAAAACCUAUAUUGUGCUUUAUUAGCAUGCCUGUUACGUUAUAGCGUCGCAAAAGCAUACAAAUAACAAAACGAAAGUGUGAAUAUAGUUACUUUUACCAAUCAGUAACGGAGCUUGCGGGUGAGUUCUACGUCACCACUCUCAACUGUUUGUUGAUUGGCGAAACACUGAGAGAACCGAGCUCGAGGCUUUUGCCAGACGAUGUGCGGAGCCAAAAUCUUUGGGUGGAGUACAGAGGAUGGCGUCGCGAGGCUAGCCUACCCUACAUAUCAACUCAACUAGUGAAGCGAGUACUCUCUCCACACGUCUUCCAGACUCGCAGAAGACGGUCACUAGAAUUAAUGUUAUGCAGUUUCAGAUGAAAUAUGAAAACGUUUUGUUAAAAAAAACUUCAGGGGACUUAGUGGAGGUGAGAUCUGUUGUAAAGGACAUGUUGUCUAUUCAUAAACGUAAAUUGUAUGGUCUUGUCUAUAAAUGGGACAGCGAGAAAUAGUUGUUCCCAUGGAUGUUGGGAUUUUUAAGAUGCUUCCUCACUAUUGAAUCUAGAGACAAACUGGUCCAUUUGGCCAAAGAGGUUAAAAUAAUCGUUGCGGUCAUAGCAAUAGCCUACCGCUGUGGUAAGCUUACACUGAAAUAGAUUGGUGCACGAAAUCUUCGAGCUGCGCAGAGUAUAAAUGAGGCUGAAAAUCUUAUGUUCGUUGCGAUACGCUGCUGUUCUAUCAAGAACGGCCCUGGCGCCGUCACUGAAAUGUAUGCGGAAAUGCAACAAAGUGGCUCUUUGAAAUUGUCAAUUGCACUGGGCGGCAAUACCUGUUGACCAUUGUCAGAAGUUGGUUGAUUCCACACAACUGAUGUGAAGCAGUUAGCAAAAAACAUGGUUAUGCAACAGAAUAUCAGAACAGUCCUAAAAGUAGUUUAGGACUCUUAGCAAAGUUGAAUUUUUAACAACUUCUUAGUUUGUAUGGUGCAGGCUGUGAAUACUUUUGUAAAUAUGAUUUCUUUGUUUUUUAUUUUUUAUACAUUUUCAAAACUGUCGAGACAACUUGUUUUUCACAUGGUCAUAAUGGAAUAAUUUGUGUGGGAUUUUGACAACAGAGAUUCAUUUCUAGCAUUUGGAAUGAGGCUGUAAGAUAAUAAAAUGUGAAAAAGUGAAGCGCUGUGAAUACUUUCCGGAUUGACUGUAAAUGAAAGAAUUUAUGUCAAGGGCCGAAUAAGAUGGAUUUAUAGGUUCCCCAACCCUGUUCUAAUGUUAUGUAGGCUAUUUGAUUUUAUGCUCAUUUCAAAAUAGCCUAUUUAUCUUGCCUUUAUUCCUUCAUUGCACUUCAACGUGUAUGUCUGCUGUUCGUGUUUUGUAAAAAUGCUAGGCCUACAUUUUUUGAUUACUGAGCAUGGACAGGGUGUUAACAAACUAUGAUAAUGCCCUAUGGAAGAAAUGUGGGACUUUAUUAAAUACAUAUAUGCGAGUAGAAAUUAAUACAAAUAUGACCGGAUUUAUGAAUGUAUAUAUAAUUAAUAUAAAUAUGAAAUGGGACGCAUAAAUAAAUGUAUAAUUUCUUCCGUGAUGCCCGGGGUUGGUCUAAAAUUUUGCUCACAAUGGUCUAAAAAGGUCAAAAAAGGUCUAAAAUUUGACCCACUGUCUGAAUCCUGCAAGAACCCUGAAUUGUAGUACAUUCCUCUAUUCCUCUGCGUUUCUUGAUUUUUUUUUCUCAUGAACAGACCUGUAGAAUGUUCAAGUCAAAUUCUAGAACUACUGGUGAAAACCUAUACUCCUCAAAGGGUUAAUAUGGCAGGGAGAUAUUGGAGCUACCAGAGGUGUCUUUAAUAAUAAUAAUGAAAUGAAAGUGUGUUGUAGUGAACAUAAAGAGAUGUUUUGUCAUACCAAAGAGUUUCCCUUCACUACUUGCAUAAUA